AUGGUAGAAAGACGUUUCCAAUACCUCUCAACGCUCAAUUUCACAGACACCCCAUUCAAACAGUUCACUAUUCCCCCGGACUUCAGAGCCUGGGAGGUCUCCUGGCUUACUCGCCUAAAUGCCGUCAUCAACAAUGCUCAAAUUCCUGCUAGACUGAUCGAGACCGGGUGCAUCGUUGACAAUGCUACCAAUUGUCAAAAGGCAUGCGGGAGCGAAGAACAUAUGUUCUCGAAUCCCGAGACGCUAUGGAAUUGCCUUACACUUGCGACUGUGGCCAUGAUGUCUACCAACAACGGGCCAGAUACCAUCAGCAACGAGACACUUGAAGAAGUUGAUGAAAGGUUUGGCACUGGCCCUUUGAACGAGUUCUGGGAACGGCGCGCAUUGUUGAAAUAUGUCAAAUGCGCGCUUCAGUCAUGCUCAGACUCUAAGUUUGGUGGAUGUCCACCGGGACUUUGGGCCUUUCAAUGCCAGAGGAUCACGUCAAGGAAUAUCAAGUACCUGGGCAAAAUCAUGAGUACUCAGUACUGCGACAAAGCUGAUCCUGGGAUUGACUAUGAUAUUGCAGGGCCUGGGAUAAUCGUGGCAUAUCUAAUCCAGUUUGCGAUAGUACUAUUCUUUGCCCUGUGCUACAAGAUUAGCAAGACAUGGAUCAGAAACUUCGCACUAAUCUCGCUUCUUCCAUUCCAUGGGCCUGCUCGAAGUACUGAGACAGCCCUUAAAUGGCAGAAAGCUGUUUCAAGGAGUACCUUUGGUGUUGCGAUUACUUCAACUCUUGUCGAUCUCCAGGAAGCUCAAGCGGUGUUCCUUGGCACCAUAUCGAUAGCUUCCAUUAUAACCUUCACAAAUUCAAGUGGAACGGGACUUGGUAACAUUAGUUCGCUACUCUCCUGGCUGGCAAACAACCUCACCUUGAGGGGUAUGAUUUCAGCCGGGAUAUAUCCCCUGCUGUUGGUCCAGCUAAUCCUUCAAAAGACUCACAAUCGCUGGUGGUAUACACUUGCUCUUGUAUUUAUGAACUGGGUUCUUGCUGUACUAGUUGCUCGUCAUCAAGCCGUUGACGAGCUUUCGUUAUUAAAGCACUUUACCGACUCUUCCCCUUUGGAAAACUGCGGUAAUCACACCGGGCCCAGGACCUUUUGUCAGACGUUCAAUAAGCCCACCGAGAGAGGUUCUAGUUCUAAUACCGGCGAAGAGUCAGAUCAUCUAGAUCGCGAUGCGGAGAGCUUCUUCAAGAUUCACUCCAGGAUACAGGCACCCAUGCAUGUAAUAAUGGCAUUCCUGAUAUUGGACUGGAUACUCGCAAUGAUAGGGAUGCAUCUCUCUGAGAGGGGUGAUUGGUUAUCUCACAAGGCCCACGCUUUGAUAGAUAGCUUACCUUCACGUCUGAAGUCGUUUUAUACCCAGAGAUACUUCGUCAUAUUUACAGAAGCCAUCUGGAUUUCGAUGGAAAUCCUCACUAUCGUCAUGGGGGCCAUAGGGGUACAUGAGUUUGCGGCAUUUAUGCAUCUACUCAGCGGGGGAGGAUCUGGCAACAAGAGUAAUGUUGCUUUAUCUAAAUGGGGCUUUGGACAGCUGGUAGCAGUAUGUGUUUGGGUUCCUGUAAUACUCAAGUUCGCUUGUCUCAUGGUUGACGGAGCUUUGCCUGGCUGGAGAAAACGGCUUGGACAAUUUAUCGAGAUUACACAGCACAAAGAAACAGAACCGGAUGGGAAUGAUGUUGUUAUGGAAAGUUUGCUUCCGUCCAGUCCUACAACGAGGGGCCAGACGGAUUAA